CGCUCGCGCCAGAGACUGCACCCUGCUACCUGGGUUUACAGCACCUAGAACCCCGGUCGUAAGCCACGCCCAACAGGGGCGUGGCCGGGCGUGGCCUCAGCGCUUUUCUUCGCUGCCCCGGGCCUAGGGCCCACGCUGUCGGCUGCCGCAGUCUGACCCAACUCUUAGUCGCUCGCCGCGAUGGAGCCCGCCGCCGAGAUCCUGGUGGAUAGCCCGGACGUGAUCUUCGGCCCCGAAGCCAUCGAGGCGCGCUACGAGUACCGGACAACGCGCAUCAGCCGCGAGGGCGGCGUGCUGCGGGUGCGGCCCACGGCUACGCGUUUCACCUUCCGCACAGCCCGGCAGGUGCCCCGGCUCGGGGUCAUGUUAGUCGGCUGGGGCGGGAACAACGGCUCCACGCUCACUGCGGCUGUUCUGGCCAACCGGCUGCGCCUGACCUGGCCCACGCGCACUGGUCGCAAGGAGGCAAACUAUUAUGGCUCGCUGACCCAGGCGGGCACCGUGAACUUGGGUCUGGAUGGGGACGGCCGGGAGGUGUUUGUGCCCUUCAGUGCGCUGCUACCCAUGGUGGCACCCAACGACCUGGUGUUUGACGGCUGGGAUAUCUCGUCGCUGAACCUGGCGGAGGCGAUGCGGCGCGCGCAGGUCCUGGACUGCGGUCUGCAGGAGCAGCUGUGGCCCCACAUGGAGAGCCUGCGUCCACGGCCCUCAGUCUACAUUCCUGAGUUCAUCGCCGCCAACCAGACAGCACGUGCGGACAACCUCAUCCCUGGCACACGCGCCCAACAGUUGGAGCAGAUCCGAAAGGAUAUUAGAGACUUCCGAUCCAGUGCGGGAUUGGACAAGGUCAUCGUGCUGUGGACCGCCAAUACAGAGCGCUUCUGUGAAGUGGUCCCGGGUCGCAAUGACACAGCUGAAAACUUGCUGCGUACUAUCCAGCUUGGCCUGGAGGUUUCACCAUCCACACUUUUUGCUGUGGCCAGCAUCCUGGAGGGCUGCGCCUUCCUCAACGGGUCACCACAGAACACACUGGUACCCGGAGCCCUGGAGCUGGCUUCGCAGCGCCAUGUGUUCGUAGGUGGCGAUGACUUCAAGUCAGGGCAGACUAAGGUCAAAUCUGUUCUGGUCGACUUCCUCAUUGGCUCUGGCCUCAAGACCAUGUCCAUCGUGAGCUAUAACCACUUGGGCAACAACGAUGGGCAGAACCUGUCUGCACCACUGCAGUUCCGCUCCAAGGAAGUGACAAAGAGCAGUGUGGUGGAUGACAUGGUUCAGAGCAACCAUGUGCUCUACGCGCCUGGAGAGGAGCCAGACCACUGUGUGGUGAUCAAAUAUGUGCCCUAUGUUGGCGACAGCAAGCGUGCCCUGGAUGAGUACACCUCAGAGCUGAUGCUGGGUGGGACAAACACUUUGGUGCUCCAUAACACCUGCGAGGACUCGCUGCUGGCCGCACCCAUCAUGCUGGACCUAGUGCUGCUCACAGAGCUGUGUCAGCGUGUGAGCUUCUGCACAGACUCGGACCCAGAGCCUCAGGGCUUCCACCCAGUGCUGUCGGUGCUCAGCUUCCUCUUUAAGGCACCACUUGUGCCCCCUGGCAGCCCUGUGGUGAAUGCCCUCUUCCGCCAGCGCAGCUGUAUUGAGAAUAUUUUCAGGGCUUGCGUGGGGCUCCCACCCCAGAACCACAUGCUGUUAGAGCACAAGAUGGAGCGCCCUUUCCUGGGCAUCAAGCCAGAAGAGGUGAAGGCCACCAGCCCACUGCCUUGCAAGAAAGAGUCCACACCGGCCACCAAUGGCUGCACCGGCGAUGCCAAUGGGCACACGCAGGCACCGAUACCAGAGCUGUCCACCGCUUAAACCAAGUGCCCAGACCCUCCUACCCCAAUGCCUCCAACCACUGUACUUCAGACCUUGCCAAAGACAAUAAAGGGUCCCCCACCAAGCAA